AUGUCUUCUGCACCCACCGGAACCAUGACAAUGAACAACUACACAUUCCCCACCGAGCGCCUGCAAUCACAACUGAGAGACCCCUCGAGGACGCCGCUAGUACUCGUGGCUUGCGGUUCCUUCAGUCCCAUCACCUUCCUGCAUCUGAGAAUGUUCGAAAUGGCUGCUGAUUACGCUCGCUUCAACACAAACUUCGAGGUCGUUGGCGCUUAUAUCAGUGCUGUCGGUGAUGCAUACAAGAAGAGUGGCCUCGUCAAGGCCGAACAUCGAAUCAACAUGUGCAGUCUUGCUGUUGAGCAAAGCAGCUGGAUUAGUGACUACCUCGAGACGGCAAAGGUGCUCGACCACUUCGAGCAUGAAAUCAAUACAUCCCGUGGACCAUUCAACACCCCGCAGGGGCCUAAGAAGGCAAAGAUUGCCUUGCUCGCUGGCGCAGAUCUGAUCCAAACAAUGUCUGCUCCUGGUGUUUGGGCUCCGAAGGAUAUCGAUUACAUUUUGAGCAAUUUUGGCGCCUUUAUUAUCGAGACANNGAGAGCCGGUACCGAUAUUGACGAAGCCUUGUCAACACUACAACAAUGGAAAGAGAACAUCCACGUCGUACAGCAACUGGUGCAGAACGACAUUUCUAGCACAAAGAUCCGCCUGUUCCGCAAACGCGACAUGAGUAUCCGUUACUUGGUACCCGAGCCCGUGGUUAAAUACAUUGAGGAACAAGGGCUGUACGACGAAGAUGGCGCCAACAGCACACAUGAGGCGCAGAACUCGAAGAAACCUGGUGAGAGCGCGGGCGCUCCCUCGCAGAACAUGUAA